GAAACUGUCAACUGUCUUUACAUCUGAAAACGUUGCUGAACUUUUGAAUAAUGGAAUUAGUCCAAAAUGAUGAAUUUGUUAUAGUUCAAAGAAAAAGCCAAGUGAGUCUACACCAGCUGCCAAAGAAACAGGGCAAAAAAUGGACUGUUAAGAUUGGGAGAGAUAAAGUCGAUAUCUCAUCUGUGGUGGGAAAACCUCAUGGGACUUUCAAGCUUGUACGUGAAAAAGAUGGCAAAAACAGUGUGUUUACACUUGAACCAUCAGAUGAGGUUGUGGAGAUGAAAGAUAAAAUGAAAGACCUCAACUCUGGAGAGAACAAUAAAGAAAUUUGGGAUGAUGGCACAUCUCAACAACUGAAGAAAGAAGAUAUUGAAGAAUUAAGAGGUCAAGGGUUGACUGGAAGUGAAAUAGUCACACAACUAGUUGAAAACAGCAAAACUUUCCAAAUCAAGACUGAAUUCUCACAGGAAAAGUAUCUAAACAAAAAAGAGGAAAAAUAUUCUGAAUGGGUUGACAUUCUGAAACCCAAUAUCAGACACUUGGCUAAACACUUCCAUUCCCAAGACCCCAUGCAAAUAUUGAAUUUACGUCCCGACACCCUUGCGAUGAUUAUGUCCUUAGCCAACAUCAAGAGCAACGGCAAGUUUGGUGUUUUUGAUGGAGGGUGUCAAGGAUUAGUCACAGCUGCUAUUCUGGAUAGAAUUCAAGGGCACGGCACUGUCUGGAACCUGUUCCUAAAAGGAACACCGCAAAAGCGAGUGAUCCAAGCGAUGAACUUUACUCCGGAGCAGUUGAAGCCCCUGAAGAACUGCAGUCUCUACAAACUGAAAGAAACGCUUGCGAAAGAAGAGAAUGCGGAUGGAGACGAGGUGCCGGCCAAAAUGAUAAAAUUAGACGAAGAUGCUGCGCCACCAUUGGAAUUCGGGUCACUCGACGGGAUGGUAAUUGUCUGUCGUCGACCGACCACCAUCGCCAAGGAACUGGUGAAACUUUUGGCCCCAUCUGGCAAUUUUGUGAUUUUCAGUCCAUACUCCGAGCCACUGAGUGAAACAUACAUACAAUUCCGCGAGUGCAACCUGGCCGUCAAUCUGCAACUAACCGAAACCUGGUUCAGGACUCACCAAGUUUUACCGCUUCGAACACAUCCCGAAGUGAACAUGAGUGGAUCCGGCGGAUAUAUCCUUUCUGGAAUCAAAGUUGUCUCGUGAAAGUGUCGUUUGUAUUUGUUAAAAUAAAAGAAGAAUCUUCUACUCA